UUGAUUUUUUAGGCCAAAAAAAAGAUUGAUUUUUUUAAUUAUUAAUCAUCAAAUUCAGCUAUUUAUGAAGUAGAGAGAGGAGUAAGUCCCUCGUAAGUAGUGUGCGUAUGGAACCCUGAAUUCAUCGUAUUUUAAUUUCACAGAGGUUUAAGUAAAACACAGUAGUACCAGUUUCUGUAGUAAUUUAUAAGGUUUGAAAAAUUCUUGUUUUCUCUAAAUUAUUUUAUUUGUUGAUAUUAUCAAAGAAAAGAAGAUUAAAGACAAAGCAAAAACAGGGUUCAAGCUUUUGAUUAUGUUUAUGGUUUAGAGAGGAGAAGAAAUUUUCUUUUUGGAGAGGGGAAGGGGGAAAAAAUUCAAUGGGGGGUUGUGUAUCCACACAAGAAGGAUGUAUAAGAGUUAAAAGAAGAUCAUCAAAGUGGACUAGGAAAAGAAGAAAAGGAACAAGAAGAAGGGUUUCAUCCGAACAUAAUAAAAUUAUUGCUGUUCCUGAUCAUCAUUCUAUUAGUAACCCUACUUUUCAAGGAAAUACAGAAGAGGCAUGGUUCGAUUCUAUUGCUAUGUUUGAGUCUGAUUGCGACGAGGAUUUUCAUAGUGUUCAGGAAGAUUUUUUGUCUUCGAGUGGUUCCAGAAGGGCAUCUUUGUCUAGUUUAUCAUCAACGAGAAAUGGCAACCAUGAAGAUCAGCAUGAUAAUGUUCCAUCUAUACCUUCUCCAGACCUGCGACCAAAACUAAAGGAACAAUCAACGGGAAAUUCAGCAUUGGAUUAUUUAUUUGAUGUCUCUAGAAAAUCAAUCAGCAAGGUGUCACAUUCGAAUGAUGCUGAUAUGCAGCCAAACUCUGCUGUCACUUUACCAAAUAGUAAACUUCCCAUUUGCCCUGAUGAGCACUCUGGUGACUCUGGGGAUACGCAUGCUGGAGAGAAGGACAAGGAAGUACUUGACAAUUGCGGGAUUCUUCCACAUGUUUGCUUACCCUGUCUUGCCUCUACCGUCCCCUCAAUUGAGAAGAGAAAACCUUUGGAUCCUCUUUCCCCUGGCGCAAGGAAGAAAACAGCCAGUAAACAUUCAUUCAGAUGGAAAGAAGGACAUUCUAAUCCUACAUCAAUGUCUACAAAGACAAUUCUGCAUAGACCAAAAGCAGGCGACCAAGUUCCGUGCUGCCCAAUAGAGAAGAAAAUGUUCGAUAGUUGGUCUGCUAUCGAGCCUAAUUCUUUCAAAGUCCGUACAGAGAAUUAUCUUAGGGAUAAAAAGAAAGAUUUUGCUCCCGGAUAUGCAGCAUAUUAUCCCAUUGGUGUUGAUGUCUUCUUAUCCCCUCGGAAAAUUGAUCAUAUUGCUCGCUUUGUGCAACUUCCAGUUAUGAAAUCAUCAUCUGGAAAGCUCCCACCUCUUCUUGUUGUAAAUGUUCAGGUUCCAUUAUAUCCUGCUGCCAUCUUUCAGGGUGAAACUGACGGGGAAGGGAUGAAUUUUGUUUUGUAUUUUAGGCUCUCCGAAAAUUACUCAAAAGAGCUUCCUCUUCAUUUCCAAGAAAAUCUCAGGAGGAUAAUAGAUGACGAAGUCGAAAAGGUCAGAGGUUUUCCUGUGGAUACCAUUUUACCCGUCAGGGAGAGAGUAAAAAUCUUGGGUCGCGUGGCCAAUGUAGACGACCUUCAGUUAAAUGCAGCAGAAAGGAAGCUUAUGCAUGCAUACAAUGAAAAACCUGUUCUUUCACGGCCUCAGCAUGAAUUUUACUUGGGAGAAAAUUACUUCGAGAUUGAUAUUGAUAUGCACAGAUUCAGUUACAUCUCUAGGAAAGGGUUCCAAGCAUUUCAAGAUAAAUUGAAGAUAUGUAUACUGGAUGUUGGACUCACAAUUCAGGGAAACAAGCCCGAAGAAUUGCCAGAGCAGAUUUUAUGUUGUGUAAGACUGAACGGGAUCGACCAUACGAAGUACCAUCAACUGGGUUUGAAUGAAGAGCCCUUUUGAACGCAACUAAGUCACACGAAGGUUGUGUAAACAUUCUUUUCUUAAUAAAAUUUCCGGUUUUGAAUUUUUUUUUCUUGCUUGGUUGGUUGGUUAGUUUCUUCUUUUGGUUAAACCAACAAUUUGCUAACGAUUCCAAAUAAUUCAGUGUCCAAAUCUUUCGGUUUAAAAGUAAUACGGCAUUCCAUGUCAAUUUUGAAUGUAAAAAACUUCCAUGUAAAUUUUUUGAUUGUAUACAUGAACAUCUGGCCAAAACAAAGAAAACUUGGCUAUUCUAAUAUUACA